UUGCGACUAAUAUUGCGACGCAGUAAUGUUAAUGUAAGAAUGUCCAGUCUUUUCCUGUUACCGUAGUGUUGACACAGUAUUGUCAUGGUACAAUUCUCAUAUUGUGUUCGCGUUGACACAGUAUUGCCACGGUACAAUACACUAUUUAUGUUCGCUUAUUUAUAUUUUUAAAAUACUUCCCAGAGCAGACACGUAAGUGACAGUUAACACAACACACUUUUAACUUACAACCCAUUGCGCUGUACACAAUACAACCUAUAUGAACGAUACAUCAGGCGUUGUUCAGGAAAGUAUAAGUGCAUCCGGUAGUUAUGAGUGAUGAGUUCGGCCCUGGAACAGUUAAAUCUUGUGUGACGACAUGACACGCACUAUAACGCAUCAGUGAAGCCCAUAGAGCAUUCAUUCGUUAAUAUUACGCAUUCACUGUUCAAUCACUGUCGAGAUCAGUUGUGUCAUUGUCGGUGUCGAGGUGCUGCGGAUUUACAGGUGCAGAGAUCAUUAUGGCUGAAGAAAAUCAACUGGUCACUAACUUGCUGACUCGUACAACGCGCCUCAGCGAUGACGUCAUGAAACUUGACCGUGAUUCAUUUGGCGGGAAAGUAUCCAUGUGCUACGAUCCGGUGGACUACGCUCGACAAAAUUAUGAGGAAUAUCUCGAAAGGUUCUUCCCGCCAGGGCAAGAGAGAAAAGCCGGAAAGAAAAUACUUUUCCUGGGCAUGAAGCCUGGUUGGGGAGUAGCACAGACAGGAGUCCCAUUCUGCGAAUCAGCUUCAGAUUGUCUGCGGCUGUCAAUCAACUGCUCUGAAGUUGGACGUCCUAAAGAAGCAAAGACGGACGACACGGACGACUCGGACGACGCGGACGACGCGGACGACACGGACGACGCGGACGACGCGGACGACGCGGACGACGCGGACGACGCGGACGACACGGACGACGCGGACGACGCAGACGACAAUCCUUUUGAAAAUGCCUCUAGAACGAAGGGUGAGAAUCGACUAUGGAAGCUGCUGCUGAAGCUCUUUAAAAACGACGUGGAGGCGCUCUUCAGUUCUCAGCUGGUCUUCGUGCACUACUAUUGUCCUGUGAUGCUGCUCGACUCCGAAGAGAAAUACGUCCCUCUGGACCAUCUUAUUAAGACCGCUGCUGUGGGCGUUUCUGAGGACGCUCCUAAAAACACCAACAAAGGCGCUAAAAAAUGCGCUGCCGAGGUUAAGGGUGGCGGGAGUGCUAAGGCUGGCCGCCGUAUGCUGGAGGAUCUGUGUGACGCGGCUCUAUGCGAGGUCGUCAAGCUUCUCGGCGUGACGGACAUCGUCGCUGUGGGCAACUACGCCGAGGAAGCCGCGCAUCGCGCCUUCCCUGGCGCUGCCCCGACCGCUGCUAAUGGCGUUUCCGAGGACGCUCUCAAGAACACCGACGAGGGCGCUAAAAAAGGCGCUUUUGAUGUCAAGUUGCAGAUCCAUGUGAUCAAUCAUCCAGACAAUCAUAUACUGCGUUGGGACGAAACGGUCGAGAACAUUCUUCGCGACGCCAAGCUUCUGCAACACUUCCCUAAGUAUUUGCAAGAGGGUACACAUCAAGAAACAGCACUGGCAAGCCAACUCCGCCAGGACAUGGCCAAAUUGCGACUGGACGUAGAUCAACUGGUCGAGGGUCAGCAGCAAAUUAUGGUCAUGCUAACUAUGAUGGUUCCGUCCAGAGAUGCGCCAAAACAAGAAUCUGAAGCGGCUCUGCUUGCCAAAAGUGGGGCGGAUCUUCAAAACUCUUCCACUGAGCUUUCGAAUGUUACCCCGACACAGGAACAAUACACGAACAACGCCAUUCAAGAAGAGAAGAGUAAAGAUGGUGAAGAGCAGAGGCAGGAGGAAGAGACGAAAGAGAAAGGAGCGAUAAAGACGAAUAAACGAGGAAAGAAGAAGAUGUAAAUUCACGCUACGAAAAAAUGGAGUUACGAGUAAUGGGUGAGAGGAUGCAAGAAAAAUAUGAAAAACAGAGUGAAGAAGCUGAAUAGAAAAACUAGAGAAAUAAAUUUGUAGAGAGUGGAAGACGCAGUGUAGAGAAAGAAGAGGAAAAGAGAGAGGAAUGAGAGAGAUGAAAAGAGUAUAAUGAUAGAGUAGCAACAGCUCCUUGAUAAUUUUGACUGGAAAUGAAAUUUUAAAUUUUUUAAUAAUCUAUACCGUAUAUUUAUUUACUGGUAUUUUUAAUUUUUCGGCAGGGCUAUUCACCAUUUUAUUUCUACCUAGCCGUGAAUCACGGAUCUCCUACCAUGAUAUAUGUACAAAUUUCAUCGCCGAGAUAUUUUCGGACUGUCACGUGUUCCAUUAUUAAAUAAUUCAAUGUAUGAAACUAAACUAAUAUAAAAAAUGAUUAUUUUCAUGUUUUACCAUUUAUAAUGUUUGAGCAGUCUUUAUCCACGUUGUGUGCGUGUUCUAUUUCAUGCCGAAUGGAUACAGAUACGACCUAUGUAUAUGUGACUGUUUCGUAAAAAUAUUUGAUAAUUUCAAUACAAAUUUUUCAAAGAGUAUAUAUCAGACAUUUAAGGGUGCUGAAAACGCUCUUUUUGUUUGAAAGCUUACCAGUGAAAGCAUUACAGAGAAGAGUUACUAAAAUAAUUCAUUUAUUUUAAACGCACUUCCAUUGCUUUUAUGUUCAAAAUUUGCCGUAUAUCUUGUGUACAAUUAUUGUCAAAGUCUGUUUGUACGUGUUUGAAGCCGGCUACCGCAAAUAUAAAGGGGCUGUUGGGGGCUCGUAUCCAGGAUACUUUUCAUUUCGGGAUAUUACCAGGGACCUGAAGUUUUAUCCAUAGUGGCAGAAUAGCAAAGAAUUACAUGAAUAAUUACAAAUUGAAGUUUGAUUUUGUAAUUGGUAAACGUAAAUUCAAUAGAAAAACG